AUUCCUCCAACAAAACCAAAACAAAGUAAGAAACAAAGAAAAAACACGCACUCCUUUUAUCCCUCUCUAAAAAAUGGAUAAUUAUUCCGACCACCUCAAGCAACGCAGGGCAGAUGACCCUACCACCGCCGCCGUGCCCACCACCACGAACAAGAGCGGUUACAGAAGCAAAAAGGACAUGAAAAUGGACAUGGCCAAACGCGGCCUUAGGUCCCUAUCCGUGGCAGUCGCAAUCCCCGUCUCUCUCCACCUCCUCGCUAUCUACGCGGGCUCAUCCGACCCAUAUCGCAUCGGAUCCAAGCCCUUCUGGAUCCCUCCCCUGUGGGCCCUGCGAUUAACCUGCAUAGCCUCCAGCUUUAUCAUGGGCCUGGCUGCUUGGCUUGUGUGGGCGGAAGGUGGGUUCCACAAGAAUCCAAUGGCUCUGCCCAUUUACUUGGCCCAGCUAGGGUUGAGCUUGAUUUGGGAUCCGAUUGUGUUCGGGGCGGGGGCUCCGUGGGUCGGGUUGAUCGUGUGCAUGGGGAUGUUCGGGGCGAUGAUCGGGUGUUCUCGGGUGUUUAAGGGUGUGAAUCCGGUCGCUGCCGAUCUUAUAAAGCCGAGCUUGGCGUGGGUUGCGUUUUUGGCCGUCGUAAAUCUUAAGCUUGUAUUCCACUGAAGUUUCAUUGUACAGCAGCUUAUGUUAUGUACGUAUGCAUUUCUCAAUAUAAUUGCUAUAAGCUUUUGU